AAAAUUGAAACAUAGAGAGAGAGAGAGAGAGAGAGAGAGAGAGAGAGAGACGAAAUGGAAGAAAGUGAAAAUAGGCGCUGUUGCGGUUCUUGAAUUGAGAGUUAUUUCAUUCUUUACAGAGAGAGGGAGAGAAAGCGAGUGUUCAGGAAGGGCGUGGGAGAGAGAGAGAGAGAGGGGCUAGGGUUUUAGUGAAGAAGAAGAAGACGAAGAAGAGGGAGAUGACGGACGUUAUACUGCACAUAUACGACGUGACGAAUAGUGGAUCGGACAAGACCAAUAACACCAUUCUUCACAUCAACAAGAUCUUCAAGGACGGUAUUGGCAUCGGUGGUAUUUUCCACAGCGCUGUCCAGGUUUAUAGAGAUGAAGAAUGGUCAUUUGGGUUCUGCGAACAAGGAACUGGAGUUUUCAGUUGCCCUUCUGGAAAGAAUCCAAUGUAUACAUAUCGUGAAUCUGUUGUUCUUGGACAAACAAACUUUUCAAACUUCAAGGUAAAUCAGAUCUUGAGGGAACUUAGUAGAGAGUGGCCUGGGAAUUCGUAUGACUUGCUAUCAAAAAACUGCAACCACUUCUGUGAUGAGUUCUGCGAAAGGCUUGAAGUGCCAAAGCUUCCAGGUUGGGUUAAUCGUUUUGCCAAUGCUGGUGAUGCCGCCAUGGAAGUUGCAGGAAAUACGGCUCUACGGUUGAGACAAGCCAAGACCGAGAUAGUAUCAGCAAGCAAAGUGGCUUACCGUUUCCUUUUGGGUGUUGCUAACAAUGCAGGGGGUUCUCCUGAGUCCCCUGGAAAUUCAAACAGAGGCACUCCUAGAUUUCAAGCUACUUGGUUUAAAAACCUCGUUACUACUGGUGCAAAACCAUCUAGUAGCUCAGAAAUUGAGAAUCAGGAUGAGGAUAGACAUCGGCAGCAACAAGAAGAAGAUUCAGAGUCACCGCUCCGGCAAAAUUCCUGGUCACUGUGAGGUCUAUAUUCCAAAAGCAUCUUCUUGUGUGUACUAGUUGGAACCAUGGAAAGGCCAUUUACAUGUUAUUCAUUCUGUAUCAAUGUAAAAUUAGCAUUUGUUGAUCAACUAAAAUCUUCCCAUUGAUGCUCCCAAAGAACUAAAGCACAUUUAGAAGAUUAUCCCCCUUAUAGUGUCCAUUUUUUUAAGCAUUAUAUUGACAGGAUUGAUUGAUCUCUAUUCUCUAUGCACUGCUGAAGCUUGUGUGGUGCUUGGGUCGGGCAAGGUUCUUUGUGUAGCAUGCCUUCUGUUAGUUUUGCAACUAGAUGUAGACCUAUGAUGUAAGGAUAUAGUUUCUUUGAUCCAA